AUGGGCAAUCAAAUAUCAAAGAUGAUGGGAAAGAUCUUCGGAUCGAGGGAGAUGCGCCUGUUGAUGCUUGGAUUGGACGCCGCAGGCAAGACCACCAUUCUUUACAAAUUGAAGCUCAACCAGGAUGUCACUACAAUUCCUACCGUGGGCUUCAACGUCGAAACAGUCACGUACAAGAACGUCAAAUUCAACGUUUGGGAUGUAGGGGGCCAGGACAAGAUCCGACCGCUCUGGCGACACUAUUUCUCCGGGACGCAAGGUCUCAUCUUCGUGGUCGACUCCAACGACCGAGCACGCAUAGACGAAGCCCGACAAGAACUGCACAGGAUCAUAUUGGAUCGAGAGAUGAAAGAGGCACUCCUCCUGGUGUUUGCCAAUAAACAAGAUAUUCCAGGCUCUAUGACGCCGACUGAAGUCACCGAAAAACUGAGACUCGGCCAGUUGAAAGAACGAGUAUGGUACGUUGUGCCUAGCUGCGCGACUACUGGUGAAGGAUUGCUUGAAGGCCUCGUAAGGAAUUCCCUGCCAACUGAGGCGCAUGCAAGACACUGA